UGUGGCAAUUGGAAAUUUCGUGCGUGAAAAAAAGAAAGGCUAGCGAGGGGAACGCCGGAAGAAGACUUCCGCGCUCCGACCGACUUCCAGCGCUCCGACCGACCUCCCGCCUCCCCCAACGCCACAAGACUCAAUCCUUCUCUCUCCAGCUCGCGUCGCAAAAACGCUAGCUCAAUCUUUGAAACCCUAGAUCCGAGAUCUCGUUUUCUCGUAACCAGAGAAGGGGAAGACUGCCAUCCCUUUGCUCCCCCCCCCCUCUCUUUGGAGGUAGGGCUAUCUACUCGCCGUGAUCUGGGGUUAAUUUGGCCUAGGAAGAGAUGCCUGUGGCGGCGUCUGCCAUAUACUUCCUCAAUCUUCGUGGGGAUGUUCUCAUCAACCGCCUCUACCGCGAUGACGUCGGUGGCAAUAUGGUGGAUGCAUUCCGAAUGCAUAUAAUGCAGACAAAAGAACUUGGUACUUGUCCUGUCCGGCAAAUUGGAGGUUGUUCUUUCCUUUACAUGAGAAUCAGCAACGUGUACAUUGUGAUUGUUGUUAGCGGCAAUGCCAAUGUUGCUUGCGCUUUCAAGUUCGUCGUUGAGGCUGUUGCAUUGUUUAAGUCUUAUUUUGGUGGGGCAUUUGAUGAAGAUGCCAUCAGGAAUAAUUUUGUUCUGAUCUAUGAGCUUCUUGAUGAAAUUAUGGAUUUUGGUUAUCCCCAAAAUCUUUCACCUGAAAUUUUGAAGCUUUACAUCACUCAAGAAGGGGUUCGUUCUUCAUUCUCAUCCAAGCCAUCAGAAAAGCCAGUCCCAAAUGCAACACUACAAGUUACAGGUGCUGUUGGUUGGAGACGUGAGGGUCUUGUAUAUAAGAAGAACGAGGUUUUCUUGGACAUUGUGGAAAGUGUUAAUCUUCUUAUGUCUUCUAAAGGGAGUGUUCUACGUUGUGAUGUGACUGGAAAGAUUCUCAUGAAAUGCUUCCUCUCUGGGAUGCCUGAUCUAAAACUAGGCUUAAAUGACAAAAUUGGGCUUGAAAAAGAAUCACAACUCAAGUCCAGGCCAGCAAAAAGUGGAAAGACCAUCGAACUUGAUGAUGUUACUUUUCAUCAGUGUGUAAACCUGACGAGGUUCAACUCAGAAAAGACAGUCAGCUUCGUGCCUCCUGAUGGUGAAUUUGAAUUGAUGAAGUACCGUAUUACUGAGGGUGUAAAUCUUCCAUUCCGAGUGUUGCCAACAAUCAAAGAAUUGGGGAGGACACGCAUGGAAGUUAAUGUCAAGGUGAAGAGUGUCUUUGGUGCAAAAAUGUUUGCACUUGGAGUUGUGGUUAAGGUUCCAGUACCAAAGCAAACUGCCAAGGCAAGCUUCCAAGUGACAUCGGGUCGAGCCAAAUAUAAUGCUUCAAUUGAUUGCUUGGUUUGGAAGAUAAGAAAAUUUCCAGGGCAAACUGAAACAACUAUGAGUGCAGAAGUUGAGUUGAUUUCUACAAUGGCAGAAAAGAAGCCAUGGACUCGACCUCCAAUUCAAAUGGAAUUUCAGGUUCCUAUGUUCACUGCAUCAGGAUUACGAGUCCGAUUUCUCAAGGUUUGGGAGAAGAGUGGAUACAACACCGUAGAGUGGGUUCGUUAUAUCACAAAAGCCGGGUCAUAUGAGAUAAGAUGUUAGAAUCUGUGACUGCUUUCAUGCACAUCGACGGAACUGUUUAGGCGGCUCCCCAGCUCUCCAACUGAACAAUGUUGAUAUCAGGAUACUUUAUUACUUCAUGAUCAUGCAUUCCUGUGCCUGCAAAACAGCCUUUAGAUGAGGAGCCGCCCCUUGUGCUCCUUUGCUUCGCCUCCAUUUUUUUUCUCUCUUUAUAGCAAACAGUCUGUAUGUGUGCUGUUGUCUGAUUCCUUGUGGUGCAAGAUCAGUAUAAUGUUUUGUAAAUGCUGGAUGGCAGGUUGUUUAUUUUGGCUUUUGCUUAUGAGGUUUUACUUCAAGUUGAUGUACAGAUUAUUGAAUUGAACACGGCAAAGCUGGCUAUUAUUUUCUAUA